AUGUCCUGGAAGAUCGGCAAGAAGUUCAAGGACAGCGGUCUGCUCUCCGGAAAGAGCCACAGCUCCACGCCAGCUGUCGACUCGCGUUCAACAACACCCACCCCCGGCAACCCCCACCCUGGCCACUCUGCCCCGAGCAGCGGCGUCGCGUCUGCGACGGGUUCCGGAGCCGCCACACCCCCCGUGGCGCGUAGCGGUAUCCUCCGUAUCCGUGUCACCGCCGGAAAGGGCCUGACCCUGCCCCAAGGAGUCUCCGUUCCUCAGCCCGUGGCGAACGCGAUCCAGCAACACCCGACUUCUGUCCUCUCCCAGUCCCUUUCGUCUUCCCCGCGGCAUCAGACCCGCCCCUCGAUUGGGAACCGCGAUACCUUAGCGCGCAGGCAACUGUGGUGGCUCCCCUAUGUUGUUCUCGAGUUCGACAAGAAUGAGGUCCUCGUCGAUGCUCUCGGAGGCGACCUCGCAAACCCCGUUUGGAUGUACAGCGCCACCUUCGACGUGUCGCGUAUCUCCGAGAUCAGCGUCAACGCCUACCUCCGCACGGCUCCCCCGAAGAGCGGCGAUGCGAGCGACAUGGGCAACGCCGAUCUCGCCCUCGGCGGUAUCCGCUUUACCCCCAACCUUGAGACGAACCGCCUCACGGACGAGUGGAUCCCCAUUACCAGCGGCUCUGGCGCUAUCCACGUCCAGGUUUCGUUCAAGCCGGCCCAGGCUCCGUUGACGAUUGACUCGUUCGAGCUCCUCAAGGUCAUCGGCAAGGGCUCGUUCGGAAAGGUCAUGCAAGUCCGCAAGCGCGACACGCUCCGUAUCUACGCCCUGAAGACUAUCCGGAAAGCGCACAUCGUCUCCCGGUCGGAAGUCACGCACACGCUCGCGGAGCGCACCGUGCUGGCCCAGGUCAACAACCCGUUCAUUGUGCCGCUCAAGUUCUCGUUCCAGAGCAAGGAGAAGCUUUACCUCGUUCUUGCGUUCGUUAACGGUGGUGAGCUGUUCCACCACCUGCAGCGCGAGGGCAAGUUCAACGAGACGCGCUCGCGCUUCUACGCUGCCGAGCUUCUGCUCGCCCUCGAGCACCUGCACAGCUUCAAUGUCGUCUACCGUGAUCUCAAGCCCGAGAACAUCCUGCUCGACUACACUGGCCAUAUUGCGCUGUGCGACUUCGGUCUCUGCAAGCUCAACAUGGGCAGCGACGAGACCACUAACACGUUCUGUGGAACGCCCGAGUACCUCGCGCCGGAGCUGCUGUCCGGCCACGGCUACACGAAGUGUGUCGAUUGGUGGACGCUCGGUGUGCUGCUGUACGAGAUGCUCACCGGCCUGCCGCCGUUCUACGACGAGAACACAAACGAGAUGUACCGCAAGAUUCUGUCCGACCCGCUGCGGUUCCCUGACGAGGUCGGCCCGGAGGCGCGCUCGCUCCUGACCAAGCUGCUUGACCGUGACCCGUCGCGACGACUGGGUGUCAACGGCGCGCAGGAGAUCAAGGACCACCCGUUCUUCGCCCGCCACAUCGACUUCAAGAAGCUGCUCCAGAAGAAGAUUCCGCCUCCUUUCAAGCCUUCGGUUGCCAGUGCUAUCGACACGAGCAACUUUGACGAGGAGUUCACCUCCGAGGUGCCCCAGGACUCGGUCGUUGCCGACUCGCACCUGUCCCAGACGGUGCAGCAGCAGUUCGAGGGCUUCUCCUGGAGCGUCUCGCCGCUGGGCGAGUCGGUUGGCCGGGGCUACUAA